AAUCCAUUUAUUGAAACAUUGCUCAGAUCCUGUGUGUCAUAUCUGGAGCUGAUGCUGUGCUACGGAGAACUAUAGGCGUAGCCUGGAUAUCAACUUGUCUUCUAGAGAGCAGAAUCAGUGUUCCAUUCUUCUGCAAUGGUUAAUUCACACGGAAAACCAAUAUUUAAUAUUUACAUAGGAUUUUACUGCUUAGCAGUCAUCUUGCCCAAAAUAUGCAUUUGUUCUCAAUUCUCAGUGUCAUCUAGUUAUCAGUCCAAUAAGCAUCCUGGAGCUUUCCCAGUAGCCACCAAUGGGGAACCAUUUCCUUGGCCAGAGCUAAGGCUCCCCAACACGGUCACUCCCCUCCACUAUGACCUUUUAAUCCACCCCAAUCUCACCUCUCUGGACUUUGUUGCAUCUGAGAAGAUUGAGGUCUUGGCCAGAGACGCCACCCAAUUUAUCAUCUUGCACAGCAAAGAUCUUGAGAUCACGAGUGCCACCCUUCAGUCAGAGGAAGAUUCGAGAUACAUGAAACCAGGGAAAAAGCUGCAUGUUUUGAGUUAUCCUACUCAUCAACAAAUUGCACUGCUGGUUCCAGAGAGACUCAUGCCUGGCUGGAAAUACUACGUGGAUAUUGACUUCCAGGCCAAGUUAGCGGAUGGCUUUGAAGGGUUUUACAAAAGCACAUACAGAACUCUUGGUGGUGAACAAAGAGUAAUUGCUGUAACAGAUUUUGAGCCGACUGAGGCACGCAUGGCCUUCCCUUGCUUUGAUGAACCAUUGUUCAAAGCCAACUUUUCAAUCAAGAUCAGAAGAGAGAGCAGACACAUCGCCCUAUCCAACAUGCCAAAGGUUAAGACAAUUGAACUUGAAGGAGGCCUCUUGGAAGAUCACUUUGAAACUACUGUCAAAAUGAGUACAUACCUUGUAGCCUACAUAGUUUGUGAUUUCAAGUCUGUGAGUGGCACAGCCUCAUCAGGGGUCAAGGUGUCCAUCUAUGCAUCCCCAGACAAAUGGAGCCAAACACAUUAUGCUUUGCAGGCAACACUGAAGCUACUUGAUUUUUAUGAAAAGUACUUUGACAUCAACUAUCCACUCUCCAAACUGGACCUAAUUGCUAUUCCUGACUUUGGGUCUGGAGCCAUGGAAAAUUGGGGCCUUAUUACGUAUAGAGAAACAUCACUGCUCUUUGAUCCCAAGACUUCUUCUGCUUCUGACAAACUGUGGGUCACCAAAGUCAUAGCCCAUGAACUAGCACAUCAGUGGUUUGGCAACCUGGUUACAAUGGAAUGGUGGAAUGAUAUUUGGCUUAAUGAGGGGUUUGCAAAUUACAUGGAACUUAUCUCUGUUAACGCUACCUAUCCAGAGCUGCAGUUUGAUGACUCUUUUUUGGAUGUGUGUUUUGAAGUAAUAGCAAAAGAUUCACUGAAUUCAUCUCGCCCUAUCUCCAAACCAGCAGAAACUCCUACUCAAAUACAGGAAAUGUUUGAUGAAGUUUCCUAUAACAAGGGAGCUUGUAUUUUGAAUAUGCUCAAGGAUUUUUUGAGUGAGGAGAAAUUCCAGAAGGGAAUAAUUCAGUACUUAAAGAAUUUCAGCUACAGAAAUGCGAAGAACGAUGAUCUGUGGGACAGUCUAUCAAACAGUUGUUUAGAAGGUGAUUUUACAUCUGGUGGAGUUUGUUAUUCUGAUUCCAGGAUGACAAGUAACACACUCGCCUCUUUGGGGGGAAAUGUGGAGGUUAAAGAGAUGAUGACUACGUGGACUCUCCAGAAAGGCAUCCCCCUCGUGGUGGUCAAACAAGACGGGCGUUCGCUCCGACUACAACAGGAGCGCUUCCUGAAGGGGGUUUUCAAAGAGGAUCCUGAAUGGAGGGCCCUGCAGGAAAGGUAUCUGUGGCACAUCCCGCUGACCUACUCCACGAGUUCCUCCAAUGCAAUUCACAGACACAUUCUAAAAUCAAAGACAGAUUCCCUGGAUUUACCUGAAGAGACCAGUUGGGUGAAAUUUAAUGUGGACUCAAAUGGCUACUACAUUGUUCACUAUGAGGGGAACGGAUGGGACCAACUCACUGCACAGCUGAACCAGAACCAUACGCUUCUCAGACCUAAGGACAGAAUAGGUCUGAUUCAUGAUGUGUUUCAGCUGGUUAGUGCAGGAAGGUUGACCCUGGACAAAGCCCUCGACAUGACCCGCUAUCUCCAACACGAAACAAGCAGCCCUGUGCUUCUCAAGGGUCUGAGCUACUUAGGUUUGUUUUACCACAUGAUGGACUUAAGGAAUAUUUCAGAUGUCUCAGAAAACCUCAAGCAUUACCUUCUCCAGUAUUUUAAGCCAGUGAUUGACAGGCAAAGCUGGAGUGACGAGGGCUCGGUCUGGGACAGGAUGCUUCGCUCUGCUGUCUUGAAGCUUGCCUGCGACCUGAACCAUGCUCCUUGCAUCCGGAAGGCGGCUGAACUCUUCUCUCAGUGGAUGGAAUCCAAUGGAAAAUUAAAUAUGCCGACAGAUGUUUUAAAGAUUGUGUAUUCUGUGGGUGCUCGGACAACAGAAGGAUGGAAUUACCUUUUGGAGCAAUAUGAAUUGUCAGUGUCAGGUGCUGAAAAAAACAAAAUUCUGUAUGCGUUGUCAACGAGCAAGCAUCAAGAAAAGUUAAUGAAGUUAAUUGAACUAGGAAUGGAAGGAAAGGUUAUCAAGACACAGAACUUGGCAGCUCUCCUUCAAGCAAUUGCCAGAAAUCCAAAGGGGCAGCAAUUAGCCUGGAGUUUUGUAAGAGAAAAUUGGACCCAUCUCCUUCAAAAAUUUGACUUGGGCUCGUUUGCCAUGCGAAUGAUCAUCUCUGGCACCACAUCCCACUUUUCUUCCAAGGAUGAAUUGGAAGAGGUGAAACUAUUUUUUGAAUCUCUUCAGGCCCAAGGAUCACAUCUGGAUAUUUUUCAAAUUGUUCUGGAAACCAUAACCAAAAAUAUUAAAUGGCUGGAGAAGAAUCUUCCCACUCUGAGGACUUGGCUACUGGUUAACCUUUAAAUGGUCAAUAGAAAGAGUAUAUCAAACACAGGCUAUGUCUGCAUGAAGUCCAACAGAGUAGCACUCCUCAGAGUUGUGGAUAUUUUGUCCAACCUGUCAGAAGCCUCAAGAAAUCAGCGUGCAGCUACCUGCUCUCAGUUAUCAUCUCCACCUGACAGAUAAACAAUGCUGGGGUAGGGAAAGGCCAGUUCAGUAGCCUACUUAAAAGUAAACUCCCGGAGUAAUAGAUAUAUGUGGAGAUAAAAACAGAGAGCUAUAGAUAACACUGUAAUAGCUUAGCCUCAAUGUGACCUUCUCUAUUGCUUCAUACUAUGCCACUAUUUUGCUGCUUGAAUUCUUUUUUAACCUUGCUGAGUAUCCUGAAGUUUGCCCAACCAGUUUUACUUCCAAGGAAAAUUAGCCAAUUCAUAAAGAAAAUUAUCCUUCAUUUGCAGUCUUCCAUCUCCCUCCCCUGCCACUCAGCCUGAACUAAAUAGUUUAUUGAAUUUUACCAUUCACGUGAAGGAUAAGGAUCAGGAAACCAGAGCUUUUGUCACCAAACCUCAGAUUAUUAGAAACUAGAUGCCAGUGUUUACCAAGGAAGUCCAGAGGGCAUUUUGGCUUCAGCCUCACAUCCAUGAAGAACCUCUCGGUACACUUUUGAGGUCAUUUCAAAUGAAUUUGCAGUCACAGAGGUACAGGAAAGAAGAAACUCACCAUACCACUUUAAUCCAUACACUGGUGCCUUUUUUUUUUUUUUUUAAACAGUCUCACUCUGUCACCCUGGCUAGAGUACAGUGGCAUCAUCAUA